GAUAUCAAAACGCACAAACAGCAGGGAUAGAAGAGCCUUUGCCGAGAAAGACAGACAAGGACAACUAUUCGACAAGAUGUCUGGAGCAGGAACUCUUUUACCUUGUGAUUGGAAGUGCUACAGUGCAGCUUAUGUUUUGUGGAAGCAUUUGUGAAAGGUGCACUACUUGGUAGUUGUGGGCAGGGAUACAGAUUCACUGCAACCUGUCUGUGAGGAACAUCACAAUAUCAGUGUGAAGUCAACCACAGAGCCAAAAUGACAGCUGCCACGAGACUAUUGGACGAGAUGUGCCAUCUCACGGCCCAGUCGCUGACAUCACUGGAGACCUCGGACCACUUCCAGGUGGUCAAGAUGUUAGGGGAGGGGUCGUACGGGAAGGUCAUGUUGGCUGUACAUCGGGAAAGAGGUCAACUAUGGAUCUGUUUUAAUCCUAACCCCAGUUUGCCUGGCCUCAUAUCUCCAGAAUGUCUUUCUUUCUUUUGUUCUGAUCACUUUUCUCUCUUUUCCUUCCCCCAAGGCACUCCAAUGGCCCUGAAGUUCUUUCCUCGUGAUUCCACAAAUCUCUUCUCCUUUUUGCGAGAGUAUAACCUCUCCCUCUCCUUCUGCACCCACCCGUCCCUGACCAAGGCCCUGGGCAUUGCCUUCUCCACCCCCUCACAUUACGUUUUCGCCCAGCAAGCCAGCCUCUUCGGUGAUCUAUACGACGUCAUUGUCCCUGAGGUGGGUGUGGAGGAGGACUGUGUCCAGAGCGUGGUUUCCCAGCUGUGCGGUGCCCUAACCCACCUCCACUCCCUGGGCUUCGUCCACCGCGACGUCAAGCCUGAGAACAUCUUCCUGGUUGACGCUGCCUGCCGCUGGGUCAAACUGGGCGACUUCGGCAUGGCCAAGGCCACGGGAACCAAGGUGCCCGGUGUGUGGUACAGUUCUGCUUACUGUACGCCCGAGGCAGAGAUAGCAAAGGAGUCGGAGGAUAGGAGACAUAAUACUGCUUCAAAACCAGAUGGAGGAAAUGGGUUGGACAGCAAGAUCAAGAGGGUGUGGGUGUCGGUGGAGGCCAGUACAGACUGCUGGGCCUUGGGGAUCCUCACCUACGCCAUGCUGACUGGCAGUCUACCCUGGACGCAGACAGCGUCCGACGACCGCUCUUACAUCAAGUACAAAGAGUGGUUUGACCAGCAGAAAGAUCAAGAAGGUCAGGACGAUGAACUAGACCUAUGGGGGGAAGGAAAAGACGAGGACAUCAUAAUGAGCUUGGAUGAAGACAAGCAGAAUCGGAGCAAGAGAAAAUCCCAUCCGGUCGCCCCCCAGUUUGCCUGUUUCACCCCACUGGCCAGUUCCCUUUUCCUGUCACUACUUCACCCGCAGCCUAGGCUUCGCGGUAGGCCUGAAGAUGUGCUGGGCUACCUGGGAGGAGACUGGUUGCAGGUGAAGGAGAAGAUACAGCUGGAGGAGGAGAAGAAGAAAAUUAGAGGGCGAGAGGUCAUCAGGAACGAGAAAGAGAGGGAGGGAAGGGGAGAGGGAUAAAGGAGUGGUGACACACGAUCAUGAACUCACAAACUCAGAGGUGAAAGAGACUAUAUUUUUUGACAAUACAUAUCCUCUGAUGUGUCACAUUGGUGCAUAAAAAGACAUUGUACAGUAUAUAAUACCACUACAGUUGCACUUACUAUAAGAUAAAUAGCCAUCAAGUCAUUGUUGAUACAGGGUAGCAUUUGGGGAUAGACGCAGCUGCAAUUGGCUACUUUAGGGACUUGUAAGCACUUUAAAAGUAUCAUUUCGAUGUGUUCAAUCUAGUAAAUUCUAAGUGUGACUUGAUGAUGGUGUUUCUGUAUUCUAAUGUUUUUUUUAGAAUAUGUAAAUGUCAUCUGAAUGUCAUAUAAUUUCUUGUGGUUGGAAUUGAGUCUAAUAAACAUUUUAUUAUGAAUUAUCAUUUGGAUUAAACUCAAAACUUC